AAUUUGUCCCCCUUUUCCAUUCCAUCCCCCAUCCAAUACCAUAUAUUUAGCUGGCCAGCCUAUCUAUCAUUUGGAUCACAGGAAGAAAGAGAGAGAAUUUGAUUGUUGCAUUUUUUUCUUCUUAAAUUCAGAUCAAUUCCUCUCUACAUCUAUCAUCAUAUCUGAUCUGAUUUUCCCAUGACUCCACCUUAUAGUGAAAAUUCUUCAUCUUCUCCUCCUUUCCCUUUUAAGCUGAGUAAUGAUGAAGAUCAUGAUCAUCAUCAUCAAAACCAUAACCUUAAUUUUACUACUCCAAACUACCAUGUCUCUUCAUCAUCCUCUGCUCACUCCCAACCAUCUCAUCAUCUUUUCUUAAACUCAUCAUCCUGGGAUCAACCUCAGCUCUACUAUGAUUCUGAUCCUCAAUUCUUCUAUCCACAACACCCCAAGGUUGAUAAUCAUGCUGCAAAUGGUAGUGGAUCAUAUGAUCAAGGGCCUAAAACAAAGGCAAGUUUAUGGAGUACUAAUAAUUGUGAAGACAGUAAUGAUCAUCAUCGUACUCAAGAUGGGGUAAUUCCUGUUAAGUGGAUGUCUUCAAAGAUGAGGGUGAUGCAGAAGAUGAAGAGCUCAAAUCGCGCUUGCCAGGGACCCACCAUGGCAAGCACCACUACUACUACUGUUGCUGCUACUACUGAGACGACGAUGAUGAAGAUUAUUGAAGAUGAGAAAAGGGGUUCUUCUUGUUUGGAAUCUGAGCAUAGCAGCAACAGCUCCUCCAAUCAUAGUAGCAGUAAUGUUGUCCCAAUUAGGGUUUGUGCUGAUUGUAACACUACCAAGACCCCUCUUUGGAGAAGCGGUCCAAAAGGCCCUAAGUCGCUUUGCAAUGCUUGUGGAAUAAGACAAAGGAAGGCAAGGCGAGCCAUGGCCGCGGCCGCCGUAACGGCGGCGGCAACCGAAGCAACAGCAUCCUCACUGAAGAUCAAUAAGGCGAAACCAACAAAAGAGAAGCCGACAGCGGCGGCGAAAAACCCCACCGGCGUUAACCACCACCACCACCAUGACGUCACGCCCUUCAAGAAACGCUAUAAGAUUGUGACCGGCGGGCGGCCCUCCGACCAGCAAGCGAAGAAGACGAAGAAGAAGAUGAAUGGGUUCGAGGAUUUCUUGAUAAAACUGAGCAAAAACUCGGCUUAUCACCGCGUUUUCCCGCAAGACGAGAAAGACGCCGCCAUCUUGCUAAUGGCCCUAUCCUGCGGUCUGGUUCACAGCUAAUUAACGACGACCCAGCCAGGCCACCACUUUCAAUCAUUAAUUAAUUUCUUUCUUAUUGGUCUGAUUUGUUUGUUUAGCAGGUAGCUAGAUAGAUAUAUAGCUAGCCUAGCCUAGCCUAGCCUAGUUUGUGUGACAAUGAGACAUCAUAGUUAAGUUAGAACGAGAAAAUUAAGAAUAAUAAUAAACUCAUCAUGUGUAUGUCGUCGUCCAUGGCUAAUUAGAGAUCAGAUAGUAUGGAACAAGAAAGGACGACAUUAUAUUAAAUUGGUCUCUUAGCUUGUUUUCAAUAACAAGGCUGUACUUACUUAUAAUCCUCAUUCCAGCUAAUAAAUUAAUAAUGUUUUUUUUUU